UAGAAAAGCCUCCCAACUCGGUAGUAAUGCUUGCGGCGCAUUUGGGCGAAGAUCUUUUUGUAUCGAGCUGUUGGAAUUUUCCAAAUUAGUUCUCAGGAGACGCGACGAUUCCCAGAGAAACAAAAAUACAUUCCUUUGCUUGGGCUUCAAUCGUACUCGAGGCCAGAUUCGGCAUCUGUUUUCGUUUACUUUCCAUCGAGCUAGGUAAAAAAAAAAUCUGCCUUGAAUGAGAGUUCUCAUGGAUCAGUUCUGUUUUGAGUUAUCUUGGAUUGGGUCCAACGAUGAUAACGACAGCAAGCACUAGGCUCUUGCUUGCUUCCCUGCGAUGUGGUGCAAGAACGGAGGAGUAAAGCUUCAAACAGAAUGGUGACGUCUCUGUCUGUUGAUGUUCAUAUCUUCGUUCCUCUUCAGAUACCCUCUUGGUUAGCUUCGCUUCCACUCAUGGAACUCCUUUUGCACACAAUGUUCCUAUCCAUGUAGCACGAGCGAGCGUGACCGGCUGUUAUAUAUAGGCUGUGCAUUCAGUAAGCUGUUCCUUAGGUUUCAGCUGUGACGUUUGAUGAGCACCAUGGCCAUGCCAAGACCGUAUGCUGGUUCUUGGCUCCAUUGUGCAGGAUUCGUAGUUCUGUGUGCCUUGUGUUGGACAUCGUCCUCUGUCAGGUUUGUGGUGGGUCAAACCGGGCAGCUGAGCGUCGAUGCCUCGCCGCAGAAUGCAAGGAAGAUCCCUGAUAAGAUGUUUGGUAUCUUCUUCGAGGAGAUCAACCAUGCUGGUGCUGGUGGGCUGUGGGCAGAGCUUGUAAGCAACAGAGGUUUCGAGGCCGGUGGACCUAAUACACCGUCAAACAUCGACCCAUGGUCCAUAAUUGGGAGUGAAUCAAGUAUCAUCGUGGGGACCGAUCGGUCAUCCUGUUUUGAGCGUAAUCCGAUUGCGCUUUGGAUGGAAGUUCUUUGUGAUUCCAAAGGAACUAAUGUCUGCCCAUCUGGAGGUGUUGGCGUCUAUAAUCCUGGUUACUGGGGCAUGAACAUUGAGAGAAAGAAGGGUUAUAAGGUUAGCCUGCACAUCAGGUCUUCAGAUGCAGUAUCCUUAACUGUUUCUUUGACAAGCGCCGACGGUCUGCAGAAACUUGCUUCUCACACAAUCACGGGUGGCAAGAAGCAAUUUGCGAAAUGGACAAAGGUGGAGUUUCAUUUGAAAUCCAGCCAAAAUAACACCAACUCAAGGCUUCAGCUUACAACCAUGAAAACCGGGGUAAUAUGGCUCGAUCAGGUGUCGGUUAUGCCAUCGGACACUUACAUGGGACACGGUUUUCGGAAGGAUCUUGCUUCUAUGUUGGCUGAUUUAAAGCCCCAAUUUCUCAAAUUUCCAGGCGGUAACUAUGCCAUGGGGAAUUAUCUAAGAAAUGCAUUUCAUUGGGGUGAAACUGUGGGUCCAUGGGAGGAAAGACCUGGCCACUUCAAUGAUGCCUGGGGAUACUGGACUGAUGAUGGACUUGGAUUCUUUGAGUUCUUACAGUUGGCUGAAGACCUUGGUGCUUCCCCUGUUUGGGUGGUUAAUGAUGGAGCAAGCAUUAAUGAAGAAGUUCCUACUGCAACGAUUGCAUCACUGGUGAAGGAUGUUGUUAAUGGCAUCGAGUUUGCGAGGGGAGGGCCUGAGACUACAUGGGGUUCAGUUCGUGCUGCGAUGGGACAUCCACAACCAUUUAAACUUGAUUAUGUUUCAAUAGGCAAUCAAGAAUGCUGGAUGCUCUACUACAGAGGAAAUUACCAAAAGUUCUAUUCUGUGAUUAAAGCCGCAUACCCAGACAUCAACAUUGUAUCAAGCUGUGAUAAGUCAACCAUUUCUCCAUCCAACCCUGCUGAUCUAUAUGAUGUUCAUGUCUAUACAUCUUCUGCUAAUAUGUUUUCAAGAACUACUAUGUUCGACAACACACCACGUGGUGAACCAAAGGCAAUUGUUAGCGAGUACGCUGUGACUGGAAACGAUGCUGGCAAAGGAACAUUGGUAGCAGCACUCGCAGAGGCUGCAUUUCUCGUUGGAUUAGAAAAGAACAGCGAUGUGGUCGAGAUGGCUAGCGCCGCGCCACUUUUCGUCAACGACAACGAUCGCAGCUGGAGCCCAGAUGCCAUCGUUUUCAACUCAUGGCAGCACUACGGGUGCCCAAACUACUGGAUGCUGCACUUCUUCAAGGACUCAAGCGGCGCGACCUUGCACCCGACGACGAUCCAGGUCGACUCCGGCUAUGAUCAGCAGAUGGUUGCGUCGGCCAUCACCUGGCAGAGUCCAAAAGACAAGAACACUUACCUGAAAAUAAAGGUGGUAAACUUCGGCAGCAAAGCCGUGGGCCUCAACGUCUCUGUGUCCGGGCUGGAGAGCGGCAUCAAGAGCUCCGGAUCGAAGAAGACGGUGCUCACUUCAGCCGCGCCGCUCGACGAGAACUCCUUCCAGCAGCCGGAGAAGGUGGUGCCGGUGUCGAGCCCGGUGGCAGGCGGCACGGCGAUGGGCGUGUCGGUGAGCCCUUACUCGCUCACCUCGUUCGACCUCCUGCUGGAACAACCCGGCAAGCACUCAAGCGCAUGAAGAAGAAAGCUAACAACAAGUGAUAUAUAUGGAGUAUUAGCUACAGAGACAGACAGACAGACAACGGUUGAAUCAUUCAGAUGAUUAGUUCACAUGCCUAGUGGAAGGAAAAUAUAGGCUUUUUACUGCAGAUAUAUCGAACCCAUUGCUCUGUAUAUCUGUAUCUGUACUGUAAAAAAAUAUCACGACUCAAAUUUAUCGAAUAUGAAUGUACCUAUAUAAACAUCUAUAUACAUUUAAUAUUACGUCACUUAAUA